AGUCUUUCGACGGAGCUGACAGUGGACGGAGCAACAACUUCCAGCACCAACACCCAACAGUGUCGGUUUCAAGCCAAGUGCCGCGCGGAGGUGGAGGAGGAAUAGCUCUUGCCCAACCGUUGUGUUCACCGUCUAGCUGUGUUUGUGCGCGUAUUGGUAGAUAAUACAUUCAGUGUGGUGAGAAGCGGACAGCCUCACCCUCCACGUGUCAUAGCCGCCGUCCAUCUUUCGUGUGCCUGCUGGAAGACGGUAUUCCCGUCAAGGCCUACUUGGAGGAAAAAAGGGGUUUCGCCGCACGAGCUGUUCUGACUUGGAAGUAACUUGGAACCGCACCGCUAGUAACUUAUGUAAUGGUCGUGUCGUGACGAGUCCGGAGUGUGGUGUUUGAAGGGUUUCCCCCGGGGAAGUUGUCCAGAAGGAAAAACCAAGCUCCUUUGGUGGGUGGGUGUGAACCCAGUGCGGCCAAAAGCUCUCCUGGAGCGAGUGUGUGAGCGUGCGGGCUCGUGUGUCAUUGUUUGAAGAAACGCACAGUAGGCGCUGCGCGCUAGGCGUGGUGUGUAUGCAGUUACGAGGUCGGUUCCGAGUGAUGGAGUGACGUACGACACACAGAAGAAGCGAGCGGGUGUGUGUGUGCGCGAGUCUGUGAUAAGAAGAUUAGCUCGAGCUUUGGGGCUUUUUUCGACAAAGAAGGCGGAAGUUUGCGCGAGCAGUGCCGAAAAGUGUCAGUGUCGUAGUGUGCGUAGCAGUGCCGAGAAGAACAAUGGAUAAGUCUGGCGAAGGAGGUGGAGGUGGGAGCGGGGAUUCGCGGGACGGCGGGCCGUCCCCGUCGACCCCGUCUGGCCCAUCGAUUGGGUGUGGCUCGGCCGGAACCAGUUCCAGCUCCGGCAGUGCGUCCACCGUCGUCGUUAGCCCGAUGACGCUGAACGUGACCACCACGACCGGCGGCAGCUUCUCCGUCGUCGUGGACGGCGAAAACUCGGUCGAAAACCUGAAGAAAAUUAUAUCGAAAAAGCUGAAAGUCUCCAAGGACCGUAUCUGUUUGCUGCACCGCGAGAGGGAACUUCACGACGGAUCGCUGCGCGAUAAUGGUCUCAUGGACGGGUCAAAGUUGAUUCUGACACCGAAUGUUGAGACGGGAUUGUUGGCCCAGCGCGCCGAAAACACGGUCAUGCAGGCGCUGGAAUCCCUCAACGACAACCAGGUCAACGACUUCCUGAGCGGCAAGUCCCCGCUCAAUCUGAGCGUCCGCCUCGGCGACCACAUGAUGCUGAUCCAGCUUCAGCUGAGCACCCUGAAUCCGUCGUCCGCCAGCGGGAGUCGGUCCAAGACGCACAAAAGCCGAACGGCCAUUACGGCGGGCGGGUCGUCCAGUUCCGCGGCGGGCAGUUCCGGAUCUUCCGGGGUUGCGAGCGGCUCCCGAAGAACCGCCGGCAGCAUUCCGAUUGGAUUCAGGAGGGUGGCUGAAAGUCGGAGUUUGGUGGAACGGGUCGGCGAGAGUCAAACGUUGACGAGGCAGGACAUCGAGAACAUCCACAGCAUCGUGAAGAACCUGGCCGAGAGUGAUAACCCGACGGUGGCCAGCGUGGUUGAGAGCGAGGUGUCCGGUGAGCAGUCCCCGAUCAAGUCACUGUCGAACCUGGUGUCCAGUUCGAUCAACACGAACAACAACGCGGAACUAACCUGUACGGAUCCGAUCAGCGCCAACCUGACCUCGUGUCUGUGCAAACGACUAGACUCCAACGACAACCACUCGUGCGAGUCCAACUGCCGCGCCGCCCCGGAACCUCAACCUUCAACCUCCUCCUCCUCGUCAACCCUGCACCGAACCGCACAAAACCCGAUCGCCCGCCACAAGUCCAAGCUUCAAACGCUAAAGAAGCACAUCAGCUUCGAAAGCAGCAGCAGCAGCGCGGUCACGCGGAUAGAACCGGACCAGGUCCACCCGGUGUCCGCGCCCAGCUCGCCCCAACCCGGCCCCAGCCGCGUCCUCGACCCCAACUCCGUCGUCGAGAACCCCGCCCUGGCGGAAGCGUCCCGCAACCUGACGCAAACGCUGCGCAAACUCUCCAAGCGCGUCUUCACCAGCAGCUCCGGCAGCAGCAAGACCUCCUCCGACGCCCAAACGUCCGCGGCGCAAGCAGCCCAAGACGCGGCGUCGGCGGCGGCAGCCGCCCGCAAUUCUGCCGUCAACUCCGGUGCCGUCAUCGAGUCGAUGAAGCACCACGGCAAGGGCAUCUACUCGGGGACGUUCUCCGGCACGCUGAACCCCGCCCUGCAGGACAAGUUUGGCCGGCCCAAGCGCGACAUCUCCACCAUCAUUCACAUCCUGAACGACCUGCUGAGUGCGGCGCCGCAGUGUGCGCGGUCUGGGACGAAGAUCUACUUUGAGCCGUCGUCGACGGCGGCGGCCGGUGGGACUAGUGGGACGCAGGGCGGAAGUGGAAGUGGGAGCGGGUCGGCGGGGCAGGGAAGUAGUGGAAGUGGAGGAGCGGCGACGUUUACGACGCCGGUGGCCGCGCCGAGUCCGAGGCUGGUGUCGCGAUGUAUGCCGACGCCGAUCCAGACCAAAAAGUUCCCCAGCAACGGAACCAUCACAAGCCAUCAGCACCACCAGCAGAGGGUGGUGGCAUCGCCGCCAAGUUCCCCCGCCGUCAAAAUCCAGUGCAAGUGUGGCCACCCGCUGCUGACACCGACCGGCCCGGCUAGCCAGUGCCAACGCUGCGCAUCCGAGCUGGAAAACUCCAAGACCAAAUCCAAGCUGGACAGCCUCCGGCUCAUAAUGCAGCAGAAGAAGGAGCGCCGCGAGGCGCGGAAGCAAAAGUGCGCCCCCUACCCGGUGACCACUCCGACCCUGGUCCUGCCGCCGCCUCUGGCGGCCAGUGGGUCGCUCCGACAGGCGGCGCCGCCCACCCCCGCUCCCAUUCCCAGCAACGCACCGGCGGCCAUUGUUGGCGAGCCGUCGAGCAGCAGCAGUUCGCAGGCCGCUGGAUCGGCCACUGCGACGGCGACGGCCACGGCGGCUGCAACGACGGAGGCGGCGGCCGCGGCCGCCCAAAGCCAUCAGCUCGUGGAGGAGGUCGAUACCGUCGCGUAAGGUGUUUGCUCUCGCACUCGAAGUAGGCACUGGAAAAAAAUAUGAGCUGAGAGAGACAGAGAGAAAGUGGUUUUGGGAACGUAACGCAACUGUUUCUCUCUUUAGAAGAGAGCGAGUAGGCGGUGAAGGGAGAGAUAAAGAGAGUGAAGGGGAACUCACUCUCUGGGGUUCUCUCUCUCGGUUGGGAGGUUGUGAUGGUGUGAGUUUUUGUGCGAGAGAAUCUUGCUUGCGGGAAAGCAGAUUUUUGACUCUCGUUUUCUUUCUGUGAAACUUAACUUUACUCAAAUGAGUGAUGAGUGUUUGCGUCAGCACCAUCUGGUGGCGAGCAUCUGUUUUGUUUUGUUGUUCAUUAGAGCAAAAAAUAUUUUGAUUAAAGAUUUUAUAUUUUUUAAUUUUUUCCUUAAAAAACUAGAAAACAAUCGAUUGACAAACAGUUCAGAGUACAUUUUACAGUGCUGAAUCGCUAAUUCGAAUUUCACUACUUCAAAUGCCCGGUAAUUCGAACGUCAAAACUUGUUGUCAAAAUUAUGUUUACAUUUUAACCCCAUUGUUUGACGAUUUCUGAGGAAUGAUCAAUCGAAAAACUUUUAAAAUCGAUUUUGGUUUUAAUAAAAAAAAUCUUUGUUUAUUUUAAAUUAAGAUGCAGAAUCUAGAGCAUUUUUAAGCCAAUUUAACAUUUUUUACGAUCAUAAAAAUGAUUCCAUCACGAAUGGUGCCCUUUUGGAAAAUUACCCGUGAUUUUGUCCAAAUCUUUCCACUUUUUCAACUCUGUUAAGAAUGCCAUCUGAAGAAGUAAUUAGAAUAACACAACAUAAUUUUACGAGAAAAACUAUUUUAGACCACUUCGAUCAACUUACGAAAAUUGCAACACUCAUUUUAUUCUAAAUUUUCUCAUUUGUUCAACUGAAGCAGGUAUUAGACUAUGAAAAACAAACAAACUCGCACUUUUUGACAGUUUGGCAGUUUUCCUGCAUUUUGUUUGCAGAAACGUAAGCCUGCAUACAUUUUGAAUUUUGCGAGUUUGCGAAAAAAUGCGAGUUUGUUUGUUUGUCAUAGUCUAAUACCUGCUUAACAGGUACAUUUUGACGUUUAGAAUCUUCUUUUUUUUCGAAAAGAGCUCUAAUUUUAGACAUCAGGACAAAAAAAAAAUGCAUUAGGAAAAAGUGCCCUGUUUUUGAAUAUUUAUUAAAUAAAGUGCUCUGAUUUUGGACAAUGAUAUUGGACAUUAGGGUAAAGUACCCUGUUUUUUAAUUUUUUUGAUAAAGAGCUCUAAUUUUAGACAUUAGGGUAAAGAGCCCUGUUUUUGGAUAUAUUUUUUUCAAAUUAAGGGUUCUGAUUUUGGACAUUAGGGUAAAGAGUCCUGUUUUUGGUAAUUUUUUUAAGAUAAAGAGAUCUGACUUUGGACAUUAGGGAAAAGAGCCCUGUUUUUGACAUUUUUCAAGAUAAAUAAUUUUGAAUUUGGACAUUAGGACAAUGAUAUUGGACUUUAGGGUAAAGAGCCCUGUUUUUGGAAGUUUUUUUCAGAUAAAUAAUUUUGAAUUUGGACAUUAGGUCAAUGAUAUUAGACUUUUGGGUAAAGAGCCCUGUUUUGGACAUUUUUUAAGAUAAAGAAAUCUGACUUUGGACAUUAGGGUAAAGAGCCCUGUUUUUGAACAUUUUUUCAGAUAAAUAAUUAUGAAUUUGGACAUUAGGACAAUGAUAUUGGACAUUAGGGUAAAGAGCCCUGUUUUUGGACAUUUUUUAGAUAUAGAGAUCUGACUUUGGACAUUCGAGUAAAGAGCCCUGUUUUUGGACAUUUUUUAAGGACAUUUCAUAAGGACAAUGAUAUUGGACAUUAGGGUAAAUGGCCCUGUUUUUAGAUAUUUUUUCAGAUAAAUAAUUUUGAAUUUGGACAUUAGAACAAUGAUAUUGGACAUUAGGGUAAAGAGCCCUGUUUUUGGAUAUAUUUUUUUUCAAAUUAAGGGUUCUGAUUUUGGACAUCAGGGUAAAGAGCCCUGUUUUUGGACAUUUUUUUAGAUAAAGAGAUCUGACUUUGGGCAUUAGGGUAAAGAGCCCUGUUUUUGGACAUUUUUUUUAGAUAAAGAGAUCUGACUUUGGACAUUAGGGUAAUGAGCCCUGUUUUUUGACAUUUUUCAAGAUAAAUAAUUUAGAAUUUGGACAUUAGGACAAUGAUAUUGGACAUUAGGGUAAAGAGCCUGUUUUUGGUCAUUUUUUUAAAUAAAGAGAUCUGAUAUUAGGGUAAAGAGCCCUGUUUUUGGAAAAAAAUUCAGAUAAAUAAUUUUGAAUUAGGACAUAAGGACAAUGAUAUUGGACAUUAGGGUAAUGGGCCCUGUUUUUGGAUAUUUUUAUCAGAUAAAAGGGUUCUGAGUUUGGACAUUAGGACAAUUAUAUUGGACAUUAGGGUAAAGAGCCCUGUUUUUUAAACAUUUUUCAAGAUAAAUAAUUUUAAAUUAGGACAUAAGGACAAUGAUAUUGGACAUUAGGGUAAAGGACCCUGUUUUUGGAUAUUUUUUUCAAAUAAAUAUUUUUUAAUUUGGACAUUAGGACGAUGAUAUUGGACAUUAGGGUAAAGAGCCCUGUCUUUUGACAUCUUUUUUUAGAUAAAGAGAUCUGACUUUGGACAUUAGGGUAAUGAGCCCUGUUUUUUGACAUUUUUCAAGAUAAAUAAUUUAGAAUUUGGACAUUAGGACAAUGAUAUUGGACAUUAGGGUAAAAAGCCUGUUUUUGGUCAUUUUUUUAAAUAAAGAGAUCUGACUUUGGACAUAAGGGUAAAGAGCCCUGUUUUUGGAUAUUUUUUUUUCAAAUAAAUAAUUUUUAAUUUGGACAUUAGGUCAAUGAUAUUGAACAUUAGGGUAAAAAGCCCUGUUUUUGGUCAUUUUUUAGAUAAAGAGAUCUGACUUUGGACAUUAGGGUAAAGAGCCCUGUUUUUGACAUUUUUACAGAUAAAUAAUUUUGAAUUUGGACAUUAGGACAAUGAUAUUGGACUUUAUGGUUAAGAUCCCUGUUUUUGGAUGUUUUUUUCAGAUAAAUAAUUUUGAAUUUGGACAUUAGGACAAUGGUAUUGGCGUUAGGGUAAAGAGCCCUGUUUUUGGUAAUUUUUUUAGAUAAAGAGAUCUGACUUUGGACAUUAGGGUAAAGAGCCCUUUUUUACAUUUUUCAGAUAAAUAAUUUUGAAUUUGGACAAUAGGACAUUAGGACAAUGAUAUUGGACAUUAGGGUAAAGAGCCCUUGUUUUUGGUAUUUUUUUUUAGACAAAGAGAUCUGACUUUGGACAUUAGGGUAAAGAGACCUGUUUUUUUUAACAUUUUUCGAGAUAAAUAAUUUUGAAUUUGGAUAUUAGGACAAUGAUAUUGGACUUUACGGUAAAGAGCCCAGUUUUUGGAUGUUUUUUCAAAUAAAUAAUUUUGAAUUUGGACAUUAGGACAAUGAUUUUGGACAUUAGUGUAAAGAGCCCUUGUUUUUGGUCAUUUUUUUAGAUAAAGAGAUCUGACUUUGGCAUUAGGGUGAAGAGUCCUGUUUUUGGAUAUUUUUUUCAGAUGAAGAGCUGUGAUUUUGGACAUUAGGACAAUGAUAUUGGACAUUAGGGUAAAUAGCCCAAAAUUGUUUUUCCAGAAGAUUAAAAAAUAUAUGUUUUUCAAAUUUCGCCGAAAACUCACACCAGCCAACCUUCCCAGCCCAAGCGGCUUCAUUAGACCAAUAUUAAAAUAAAAUAUGAUAAAAAUAAAACAAAUUCAAGUAACGCAAAUUGCACUUGUAGGUUUAAAUUUAGCGGGUGACUUUUUUGUACAAAAAAAAAAAAACAAAACUGAUCUUAGUCAAAAAGCAAAAAAACACACACACACAAACAAAACAUAACUAUUAUAAUCAAAUAUCUCAGUAAAUAUUAAAUCAGCCCCAACACUACAAUAUUUGCAACAAAUUUCAGCAGCAAGCUAUUCGAUACAAUUGUCUGUAAAACUGUCACAAAGAUCUCUGCGCGACGCGAAAACUUAGCCAAUCAUUACACAAAAA